AUGGAAACAGCGACCAAAGACGCCGCAGAACUUCAGUCGUCGACAGCUACCGGAAGUGUACACCGGAUUGCUAACCGUAAACACACAAAGACAAGACCACCGCCUAAAAGGGAAACGGUGCAAGUUACUUCCAAACCGAACUGUAUUCACUGUGGGAAAAACAACCAUGUGUCACAAAAAUGUCGGUUGAAAAAUGCCGUAUGUCACUUCUGCAAGACAAAAGGACACAUUCAGAAAAUAUGUCUUAAAAUGAAACACGUCAAUGCAAUGAACACCACAGAUAAUGACAAUGUUUUGAUUAUUAAUUCUGUGAACCGUGGAGACAACAAAAUAACAGUGUCACCUGAAAUGGACGGACAUAUAUUCAGAAUGGAAGUUGACACAGGAUCGGCAGUGACAUUAAUGUCGGAAAUUGAUUUCCGAAAACGGUUCGGAAAUGUACCACUAGAUCCCGCGAAAUCAGUACUUAAGACGUACUCCGGGGAAAUCAUUAAACAAGUAGGUACCAAGGUUGUAUUAGUAAAGUACAAUGGACAAUCAACACAAUUACGGCUUUGUGUGGUUCAAAGCACAGGUCCUAUGUUGUUCGGGAGAGACUGGCUUACGGCUAUCAAGUUAGACUGGCAACGCAUUGUUCCCGUAAACGUGAUCGAAAGAGAUAUUGUUAAAGACAGACUAAACACGAUUUUGAAAAACAAUGCAAAUGUUUUCGAUGAAGGUAUCGGAAAAAUGAAGGACAUAAAAGCCAGGUUAACAUUGAAAGAAGACGCGUCACCCAGAUUCUUGAAAGCAAGGACAGUUCCGUACUCUAUGAAACCGAAAAUAGAGCGUGAACUCGACAGCCUUGAAAGGCAAGGUAUUAUUUCGAAGGUAAAUACCAGCAGAUGGGCAACGCCAAUCGUUCCAGUAUUGAAAAGCAACGGACAGGAUGUUCGAAUUUGUGGAGACUUUAAAGUGACAGUCAACCAAGCACUUAAAGUUGACAAAUACCCCCUACCAAGGAUCGAGGACAUCUUCGCGAAUCUGUCACACGGACAGAAAUACUCGAAACUGGAUCUUCGCCAGGCGUAUCUCCAACUUGAGGUCGACGACGACAGCAAGGAAUUGUUGACCAUUAACACUCAUCAAGGGCUGUUUCGGUACAACAGAUGUGUGUACGGAAUAUCGUCACUUCCCGCAAUCUGGCAACGCACAAUUGACCAGAUACUUCAAGGAAUACCUGGAGUGCAAUGCAUUCUUGAUGACAUGAUCGUGACAGGGGACAGUGAUCAGUCUCAUUUGGAUAAUCUCGAGAAAGUGCUUUGUCGUUUGAACGAGUUUGGUUUAAAACUAAACAAAGACAAAUGUGUGUUCUUUGAGGAUAGAAGUAAGUAUUGUGGACACGAGAUCGACAAAGGUGGAUUAUGGAAGUGUAAUGACAAGGUGCAGGCUGUGAUGGACACACCCACACCUAAAGAUGUUACUUCUUUAAGGGCAUAUCUCGGUGUUCUCAAUUACUACCACAGGUUUCUGCCGAAUCUCGCGACUGUCAUUAAACCAUUAAACGCGAUGCUUGAAAAAAUAGUAAGUUUAUUUGGUCAAAAGAAUGUGAGAUCGCGUUCCAAAAUUCAAAAAAGCUGA